UCACUGUUUGCCAUCAUAGUUCUACCAAACCCUUUUAAAUCCAAUUCAAUAUCUUCUACCAUAGCAACCCUGAUCUAAUCCAUUUCAAUUCUCCAAGAAUUCAAAACCAUUUAAGUUUAGGGUUUCAACCCUGCCGGACGAGAAAUAUUGUUAUGCUUCUGAGGUCUUUGUCGACUACCGUGAAUUCAAAGAAGUGCGACACAGAGAGGAAAGGGUGAAUCGGUUUCCCGCCGGCGUCCAAGAACCUCAUCGAUCCGUCAUGCAGAAUUCCCGGUCGAAAUCGGCGUCGAACUUCGAGCAGGCGUUCUCCUUCGGGGACCGGCAGUCUCGGUAGUUGCCAUAGUUCCUCUCGAAGACCACCGGCAACACCAAAUCUCUAGGUAGAAUGACUUGCGUAUUAGAAAGUGCCGUGUCAGUCAACAUAAGGAUUUCAACUUCAGGCAAUCCCUGUGGGGCAAUAUAGAACAGACUCCUUGUUCCGCUCAUCCCCUUUGUCAACUCUUUGAUUGGGAUACUAGCGUAGAAGUUAAUCUACAAGCAAGGUGCAUAUGCUCCGAUGGAAAUCGCCAAAUGGAGUCGGAGGGCAAGCGGUGCUAACCAUUCUGUACGGUGGGAUUCUGAUGUAUGAUUCGAGGGAUAACGCCACAAAUUCAUUCCCAAGAUAAGGAAUUGUACUACAAUAGCAAACACCUUGGGGGCAGUGCCUAUUUGAAGCUCUAGGCGGUCCCCUUAUAUCCUCAAUAUCAGGGACAACAAGCGCUAAUGGAUCCGUCGGCUGACAAUUAUAAAGCUGCCGGUAUAGCAUCUCCGAUGCAUCCAUUGCCACCCGUUACCCCACUAGCGAAUCAAGCGGCGAUUGAUCCACAAACAUUAAUAGAGGUUGUUCAAAGAGUUUUUGGACAAUAUUUAUGCCCUUUAGAUUGCACAUCACAUCAACGAUCGUACCCCGAUUGGGUAGGAGCUACGAUGCCAUUGCCAUACAAUUUUAGAGUUACCGAGUUUAUACUUUUUUCAAGCGAGGAUGGACGUUCUAGUGUGGAGGAUAUAAGCGGUUUCACCGCACAAUUCGACGAACCAGGCUAUAAUGAUUGGCAUAAACUUCAGCUCUUCUCAUUGCCGUUAACAGGUGCCGCAUUUAGUCAGUAUUCGGCACUACCUCCAAAUUCCGUACAAUCGUGGCAAGAUUUGGAAAGGGCGUUCCACGACCGAUUUUACAGUCCGCCGGAUGAAUUUACAUUGCUCAAUCUAAUGAGCUCAAGGAAAAAAAUUGACGAGUCAGCGGUGGAGUACAUUGAACAUUUUCGGCAAUUGAAAAGUCGUUGUAAUGUUCAAAUUCCAGAUGCUCAAGCGAUGAACAUAGCCGUGAAAAACAUGCACCCGUAACUUAAAAGAGAAAUUGGCACAACAAAAUUCGGCGACCUUUAGCAAUUGGUGGUUCUUGUUGUUCAUACAAAACAAAUGAUAAGAGAGCGACAGGUUGCUCGGGUGAUUCGAACCAGGCCGGUGAAUCAAUCUGUUUUGAUUAUUGAUGAGGGUGUUGAUGAAAGUGCUAUGGAGGAGCACGAGCUGCCAGAUUUGUUUGCCGCCGGCCAAAGAAAAAUAUGUUAGUCCGAAGGUUGCUUAUUCAUUCAAUAUUAGUAAGGCGGAUCAAAUUUU